AAACUACUAUAAACUUCGACAGCAAGAAGCCUUUCAUUCACCUUUACAAUAUCUUCGUCGUUGAUCUCCACCACCCAUAUUUUCCGGCUCUCAUCUCUCUCUCUCUCUCUCUCUCUCUCUCUCUCUGUGUAUAAAUCUGUCUUUUUUCUUUUUCAAAUCUGUUUAUCUCUCUAAAUUUUGUAGAUAUUGGAAGAAUAAGCUUCAGCUGUAACUUUACGAUCAGAACCUGAAAUUUUCUACUUUUGUUGUUCCUCUCAGGAAAUCGGAAUCUAUAUUUGCCCGAUUCUGGUUCUUUACAGGGAAUAUCAAAUCCACCCGCACGUUCAAGAUCUGAUAUUUCCAUCACUGCCCCCAAUGCAAUCUCAAAAAUUUCCCUUUGCACCAGACUUUUACGACGAGGGGAUCUCAUGAUUGAGAAUCCCUCAUUGUUCCAUUGUCCCUCCAGAUUCAUGACUAUGAAGAUCUAGGGCUCUUUUCUGCCCACCUCGUUAGAAUUUCCCGCAACCUAUAUCUAUACCAAAUUAGCCCUUGAUGGGUAUUUGAUCUGAAAGUCAAGUUCUUAGAUUAAUAUUCUCACCACAUUCCAGCCACCACCAUGUUCAAGCAAUUCCUCAGUAAACUCCCCCGGAACAAGUCGUCUAAAUCCGACUCGGCCGAGUCGCCCCGGACAAACUCGGCUCGUACCCCGCGAUCCAACGGUGCUAAUUUGUCCCCCUCCUCCGCCUCCGCAAGAUCCAACAACGUGACCAAACGCACGGCGGUCUUCCCAACCAGCGUGGUGGCUGGGAUCGAGCCCCUGGUGCCGUUCACGGAAGUGCCCAACGCCGAGAAGAUGAACCUCUUCGUGAGCAAGGUCAGCCUCUGCUGCGUCACCUUCGAUUUCACCGACCCGUCGAAGAACUCGGUCGAGAAGGACGUGAAGAAACAGACCCUGAUCGAACUCGUAGACUUCGUCGCUUCCGGGUCGACCCGGUUCACUGAGUCCGCCAUCCUCGCGAUGUGUAGAAUGUGCGCCGCCAAUCUCUUUAGGGUUUUCCCGCCUAACUACCGAUCUAAGUCGAGCGGCGGUGAGAACGACGACGAGGAGCCGAUGUUCGAUCCGGCUUGGCCGCAUUUGCAUUUGGUUUACGAUUUACUGCUUAGGUUCAUCACCUCCUCGUGCCUCGACAGCAAGGUGGCAAAGAAGUACAUUGACCAUUCAUUUAUAUCGAGGUUGCUUGAGCUCUUCGAUUCCGAGGAUCCCAGAGAAAGAGAGUGUCUGAAAACAAUUCUGCAUAGGGUUUAUGGGAGAUUCAUGGUUCAUAGACCUUUUAUUCGAAAGGCUAUUAACAACAUUUUCUAUAUGUUUGUGUCUGAGACCGAGAGACACAAUGGAAUUUCCGACUUGUUGGAGAUUUUUGGGAGCAUAAUCAGUGGGUUUGCUUUGCCUCUGAAAGAGGAGCAUAAGAUAUUCUUGUGGAGGGUUUUGGUUCCGCUGCACAAGCCAAAGUCCGUGGGGCUUUACUUUCAGCAAUUGUCCUUCUGCAUCACCCAGUUUAUAGAGAAGGACCCUAAGUUGGCGAGUACGGUGAUAGGAGGGUUGUUGAGGUACUGGCCGGUGACGAAUAGUCAGAAGGAGAUGAUGUUUUUGGGUGAGAUAGAGGAGAUUUUAGAAGCAAUCAACAUGGUGGAGUUCCAGAGACUCAUGGUCCCGCUGUUCUGGCGGAUUGGAUGCUGCAUUAACAGUUUCCACUUUCAGGUAGCUGAACGAGCCCUUUUCUUAUGGAACAAUGAUCACAUUGUCAACUUGAUUGCACAUAACCGUAUGGUGAUUCUUCCCAUAAUAUUCCCAGCCUUGGAGAGGAAUGCCCAAACUCACUGGAACCAAGCAGUGCUCAACUUAAGUUUAAAUGUUAGAAAGAUUUUCAUGGAGAUGGACGAGGAGCUUUUCAUGUCCUGUCAUGCUCACUUUAAGGAGGAAGAAGCAGAGAUAGGCUUGGUAGCUGAGAAGCGGAAGGAAGCAUGGGAGAGAUUAGAGAAUGCAGCCAGUCUUCAGCCAAUUACUGGGAAUACUGCUGUUCUGGUAGCUCCCUUAGCAACCUCAAUUGCGUAUUAAGUGCAGUUACCAAUCUAUUGUCUCAAGGUUCUCCUUCUUUUAGGGUGGUGGGAAACCAGAAGAAAUGGCACUUCGAUAGCAAUGUACUAAAACGGCCUAAUUUUUGGGGUUAAAAUUUAUUUUUGGAUUGUCCUGUGACGGCCAGUUGUAAUUUAGUUCUGAUCCUGUACUUUCCAAGCUUCUGUGUGGAAAUGUUAGUUGCUCCCUUGAAAAAUGGUAAUGGAAAGGGCCAUGCAGUUAAUUAUAAAAAUUCUUUGUACCAGCUAA